CGGAUGUUUUUAAAUUUCAUUUGGCAUUUCCAAAGCCCCAUAAAAUUAGAUGACCUUGUUAGUAGUGAAGUUUAUCGAAAUAUUCAACACGAAUAGAUCAGAUGACAUCACACUAAUACAACAAAAAGGAUACAAUGGACGGUGGUGUCAAUUUCGCUAUCGUAUUGAUUCUCACUGGUACACUACUAUGUGAAAGGAACACAUGUGUAAAUUCUGCAAUAUUAAAUGCAAAAGAAUUUACGUCAGAUCUGGAGAAAGUAACCUCAGAAUUUGACUCCAUCCAGAAAUAUUUAGACGAAGAUGUUACUUUUCAACAAAAGACAGUGAGCACCAGAAACCUUCCCGAGCUGACAGGUUCACUAGGAAAAAAGUUCGAGCAGUUCAUAGGCGCAGCCCGUCAACUUGAGAAGGCAAUUGAGGAUGAUUAUGAAAAUUUCGGUUCGAAUAAAGGGAUUGGCCAUGAACAAUGUUGUGAUUUCAAAUCAGCUGCUCGGGAUUACAGAUUCAAAACGGAGGUGGACCUAUCCAAUGUGUGUGUAAAAGUAUCAGAUUUUGCCCCAGAGAAUCAUACACGGGAAUAUAUUACUUCGAAAGUUGUUGAAGUCAUGCGGGAAAACAGCAGAAAUCUUCGCGAUCUCAGAUGGCAGUA